CCCUUUUUCUCCCCUCGUGGGCUCGUACCUGCCCUCCCUUCGAGAAACCCUAACUUCCGGUUGCAGGUAUCCUGCUUGAAAUUGUUGCUGACGCAUAGCCCCAAAAUAUAGAGCACAUCGAUCCUUCUUGUUCAAAUGCCAUUGACCAGCGACGUGAAGGUAUUAGGGCUUAAAGCGUCGGCCCCGGAAAUUAGAGAGUCAAAGUGACUGAUUUUUAUCAAUGGAGGUCGUCCCCUACUGCACCUGUAGUGGAUUCCGUAACGCUUCUGGCGUCUGUGCUUCCUGCGGCAGCUAUCGGCCUGCUGCAAGAAGACCGCCGCCUCCUCGUUCUCAUUUGCCAUCGAUGUCAGGCGAAGAUGAAGGGGUCACUGAAGGUGGAGAACAUGGAAUAUAUUAUUUUAUUCCCAGAUUGAUCGUCAGUGCGCUCUCCGGAGCUCUUACAGGGCUGUUCGCUCUAGCUGGAGCUCUUACUGGAGCGGUUACUGGUGCAUUAGCAGGUCGGGCUUCUGAGAGUGGUGUCCUUCGUGGGGCUGGACUUGGAGCUGUUGCUGGGGCAAUUUUAUCUGUUGAGGUUUUAGAAGCUUCCCGUGCUUACUGGUGUUCAGAACAAUCUGGUUCUCGUACCUCGUCAUCCAUGGCAGAUUUCAUAGAGGAGCUCCUUCAUGGGAGGUUUGUACAGGAACAGUUUGCACCAACGAUGUUCACAGCACACCACUGGCAGCAGGUGAGCAUAGCCAAUAUAAGUUAUGAUGAGAUAUAUGAUAUUUAUGGUGAAGUUACAGCCAGAGGUCUUUCAGCAGAAUCAUUGAAAAAACUUCCAUGUCACAUAAUCACGGACACAAAAAAGGCACAGUAUGGUGAUAAUUUCUGCUGCACAAUCUGUUUGCAGGAUAUUGUAGUGGGGGAAUCAGUGAGAAGCCUGCCACUUUGCCACCACACAUUUCAUUUGACAUGCGUAGACAAGUGGCUUGUUGGACAUGGUUCGUGCCCUGUGUGCCGACAAGAUGUAUAGUAUUGUAGGUUCUGGGUUUGUGUACAUAAAGAUCAACAAGCAGGUAUGUGUUUUUGGGUCCUUGUAGCCUUUUUCAAUUGCUGCUCCUUAAUUUUAUUUUAUGUUUUAGUUCUAUGCAUAUGUAUAUAUUCCUUGUGUAAUAUACAUGGGAUCUAGAACUGUCACUUAUCCGUCAUUCAGAGGUGUAUCUUCCACUCUUAGAUCGGCCAUGGAGAAAGCUGUGUACCCAUUUUGGUUCUGUAUCCGCAUUGUUGGACUUCUUGGCAUGUUUGAUACAUUGAACUUAUAUGUUAGAAUAAUCGGUUUAUUUCCAUUUC